CCCGGGCGGUGUCCAAAAUCCACACAAAGGCAGCGACAAUGUCACAGAGAGAAGAACGCCCGGCCUCCUAUGCUAAUGUCAGACGAAAGUGUAUCUGGGAGGGAGGGCCGGAGGUGUUUCGCGGGGCACGGGUCGGGAGAUGUGCUCCCUGCAGUCGCCGCCGUGCACUCGGGCAGUUCAGAGGUCAGUUGCUCGACACAGAGUGGGUGCGGAGGACUGAGCAGGUGCACCCAGUGAACAGCAUGCUGCACGUCAAUUCACAGGCGCGGUCGCGGUCGUUACCAGCGCUGGCUCUGGCGCUGCUGGUGGCCGCCCAGCCCAGCGGCGCCCAGCUGAGUAUUCAGCAGCUGACCUCGCUGCUGGCCGGCCAGUGGCGGUCGGCCCAGCGCGGCGGGCGCGCGCUGGGCGCCGCACAGCUGCUGGCCGGCUCACAGCUGAUCGUCAUCCCCAAACUGGAGAUCACCUCUCCCACCGUGCCCAGAGACGGCGGCUCGUUCCAGCUGUACGCCGACAUCCCGUUCUCGCUGGCCGGCCUGGCCGGCGGCUCGGCGCUGUUCGCCGCCACAGACCGUAACGACAGCGUCACGUCACCGUCACCGUCACCGCCGUCACCGCCGCCGUCACGGCCGGCCGACGCGUCCCCGGUCCGACCGCCGGCGCCGCCCGCCGACCCCACCGUCCCCCUGAGGAACCCCACCGUCAUCAUGUCAUACGACCGCCGAGAGGACAGAGCAGAGGCCGACGGGAGGCGGGGCAAAGCGAGGGAGGAGGCGGCGCUGCCCGUCACCAGCGGGUUCCAUGACGCCGCGCUGCUGAUGCUGCAGAAAAUGGGCAUGGAGGGCCGGCCGUGCCUGCUGAGAGCGGUCUGCGAGCUGUCGGCCAGGCCUCUGAGCUCCAACGGACUGCUCGGAGACCUCGUCAACGCCGUGGUCGAGAUUCCCUCAACCAGCGACAAAGUGCUGGAGGAGGAGCUGAAGGUCUCUCGGCAGCUGGGUCUCCGAGGGGCGCCGUGUACCGAGGUGUUCGACAACUGCGACAACCUCGUCAUCAACCAGCUGGCCAAGUGA